UAGAUACCGAACAAGAAGAAAUUGAGGAAAUUAGUCCUGUAUAUGAAGAUUCUUUUUUAGAAGGAGGAAGAGAAUAUAAGGAUAGUAAAUUGCAAGAGAAGACACAGAAACAACUCGUUAAAAAGAAACGAAAAGAAAUCAGAAACGAAGUAAAAAUCUUAUUACAAAGUGCGAAGUUUGAUAAGUUUCCGAUUAAUUAUACAAAGAAAUUUAGCAAAAUAGUCCCACAACUUGAACGAGAAUUGAUACCUCACAUUCGAAUAAUUCUUGAGCAAC